AUGUCAGAUGAGGACCUCUACAGACAAGCCAGUCAAUCGGCUAGUCUUCGCAAUGAAGAAACGUUCAUAGACCAUGAUAUGGCCUCUAUGCCAGAGGCUAAGCAAUCUCAACGGAAGUCUGGAAAAGCAGCUAGAAGUAAUGGUAGUAGUUCUAGGGGCAUUGCAGAGAAGACGCAUACGGCUAAGCAGAAGGCUGAACACGCAGCAGCCGUAGCUGCUGUUGGACGCGUGCAGAAGGCCGAACACGCAGCAGCCGUAGCUGCUGUUGGACGCGCGCAUAAGGCCGAACACGCAGCAGUCGUAGCUCCUUUUGGACGCACACAGAAGAAGGCCGAACACGCAGCAGCCGUAGCUGCUGUUGGACGCGCACAGAAGGCAGUAAACGCAGCAGCCGUAGCUGCUGCUGGACGCGCGCAGAAAGCAGAAAACAGAGGCAGUCCUAGCUACUGUUUGACGCGCACAACAGAGGGGACCGAAACAACGACAACAGCAAG